AUGAAGUCGGAUGAAACUCUUAACAACAAUACACUGGCGACGAUCGGAAUGGCAUUGGCAGACGCAGAGACCAAACUCAAGAAAUGGGUACAGUAUUAUAAAUCUAUCAUUGGAAGCACUGUUGUCCACGCCUUGAAGUUGCAAAUGACGCCUGAGGCAUGCCUUACCCAUCUCCUCUCAUUCACCCUAAUCCCGAAGUUUACCGCUGCCAACCCGCCUAUCCGAGACAAAGAUAUCUGGACAGCCUUCAGAGUGGACAAUAUUCAGGUCCUCUCAUUCGCAGAUUGUAUAGCGGAAAAACCUCAGCUCAAAGUCAAGUUUGACGAGAUCGCAUCGAGAACUAAAAAUGCCAGAAAGGAGAAUUUCAACGCUAUUGGGUUUGGGAUUGUGUUGAUAGAAAUUCCCUGCAUCUAUACGACCAGAUUUGUGCCGUAUGGAAUCCCUGAGGAUUUGGAGCGUUGGGAUCCUCAAUGGCAGGCAAAGCUUAAGAUGGUAAUCGAACGAGGAAUCGCAAUCUGA